AUGGAGUGCAACAAAAUCGUGUUGCCUUUGGAGGACGAUGUGGACACAUCCCUGGCCUGGGCUUUCGUGUUGGGCGACGUGAACCGACUGAUCAGCCCUAAGGAUAAACUCUUUCAAAUGAAAUGCGAACAGAUUUCCGGCGAAGGCAAUCCGGAAAAGUUGAACAAAAUUCGCGAAUACUUUGAGUUGAAGUUCUCGGGGAACGCCGUUUUGGGCAAAAUAUUUCAAACACAGGCUAAUAAGGCGUUGUAUGAAACGUUUUGCGGGCCUAUUAUUAGCGGCAAAUGUGACGCCUGGAAGGAGUACAACGAAAAAGUGGAGAAAUCGGCCAAAUAUAGGGAGAAUAUGAUGGACGCGCUUAUGGAGGCCAACAAGACGUCCACAUCCAUGACUAUGGCUAGACUUCUUUGUUUAUUGAAGUUAUAUAAAGAGGACACAAUUGAUAUGCAUUCGGAAAAGCGCGAUGCCAGGGGAUUUGUGCGGGCUUAUUUUGCUGUGUUCAACGAUAUUAUAAGCACUCUCGAGGAUAAGGUGACCAAAGCCGCCACCAGUUGCUCGUUCAAAGACAUCCCCAAACCGACAGCCCUUCCCCCGCAAUCGCUAUAUCUGGCACUCGUUGCGGCCAUUAAUAAUUUAACGUCCAAGAUUACUGAUUAUAAUCGCCGGAAUGGCUGUUCUCUACUACGGCUCACACAUACUGGCGCUCAUAUGGAUUGGAAAUAUUAUUUUAGGGUUUGGAUUUUCGGCGAUGUAUUCAGCGAUUAUAGCGUUGACCGCAAAGCACUGUAAGCUGACGGACACCGUGAGCACAGUUAUGGUGUUUUCCAACGGCACUGUAUCGGCGAUUACACCGUUUAUUUUGGGUCCAGUCAUCGAGAACUACCCCUAUGUGUUCAUUGAACUGGAAAUUGUUUACCUAAUAAUUAGCACUUUUUUGUUUUUAGUGAUAAUAACCGUUACCAAUAAACCUGUUACUCAUAAUCGCGCCCUUCAGUCGCCCGGUGCUUAUGACAACGCAUAACUAGUCUAACGUUUAGUUUUGAUAAUUUAAUUGCGG